GGCUGGGAGGAGGUCAGGGCGACGACUGGGGACACCCCCAGGGUGAUGCGAUCUCUCCGGUCGCCGUCGGCAUCUGCCCAGCUGGAGCCUCAGUUGGCCACCAACAGAACGGCUCCCAAUCAGACUGGAAUUCAGAAGGCUGAGCAAGCCUCAAAAUGCAAAGAGUUGUGGAACAACAAUUGGUCUUCAUCUAUCAAGAAAAAAAGGUAUUCUGAAGACUAUUAUCUGCAGAUAGUUGGGAAACUACAGAAUUGUACAUGGAAGAAGAAGCCACAAGAGUAUGCCAGAUUCAGGUCAGAGCUUGCCUCGUGUUGCGAUGCUGCUCACAACUUUAUCGCUUCUCAAAAUAACACCCCGCUGGGAAGCAACAUGAGUUAUGAAGUGGACAACAAGAAAACCAUUCACAUCACAGAGGAUAUAUUCAGAAUGCUGCCUGAGUCACAGCCCCUGGAUUACCCAUUCAAGAACUGUGCCGUGGUUGGAAAUGGGGGGAUCCUCAAGAACUCCAGCUGUGGAGCAGAAAUUGAUAAAUCCGACUUUGUGUUUAGGUGUAACCUUCCCCCAACAAUGGGAAGCAUCAGUCAAGAUGUUGGCAACAAGACAAACCUCGUGACUGUCAACCCGAGCAUCAUAGCACAGAAAUAUAACAAACUGAAUGAAAAGAAACUCACCUUCCUGGAGAACAUUGCAAGCUAUGGCGAAGCUUUCCUUUUGCUCCCUGCCUUUUCCUUCAGGAGCAACACAGCAGCUUCUUUCAAAGUGCACCAAACUCUGAAAGAGUUCAGCGCAAAGCAGGAGGCCAUAUUUUUCUAUCCCAGAUAUCUCAGAAAUCUUGCCCAGUUCUGGAGGACUAAGGGCGUCAAAGCCUAUCGGUUGUCUUCCGGCUUUAUGAUCACCAGUGCGGCUGUGGAACUGUGCGAGAACGUGAAGCUCUAUGGCUUCUGGCCUUUCUCAAAAAGCAUCGAGGGCACGCCAAUCAGCCACCACUACUACGACAACCAGCUCCCCAAGCCUGGCUUCCAUGCAAUGCCCAAAGAGUACAGCCAGAUUCUCCAGCUCCAUGGAAGGGGCAUCCUCAAGCUGCAGUUUGGCAAAUGUCUAACUGACUAGGCCAAGAGUGAUGAUUGCUAAGAAGAGAAUUUGUAUGCACCGCUGAGGUUUGGAUUUGAUCAAAUGUCAACUUGUGCUACUAUAAUUGAGAAAUAUUUUGCACUUGAGGAUGGCAGUCUUUUCCCUUUUUUCUACCAUAGUGGCGUGUGUGACUUUAGAUUAUUGUAACCUGCCCUUUUUCUUACAUGGGAACAACAUGUUUACAAAACCCAGAAUAUCCACUAGAGAGAACAAAGCCAAAUCUCAGGAUGAUAGCUGGCAGUUACAUUUGUAAAACUAUUGUUUUUGUUUAUGCCAUCUAAGAAGCGAUCUGUCUUAGUAUCUUGCAGCUAUAAUAUGACUUCACCAUGUUGCUGAUCUGCAAACAAUUACACGUGGUUACAUCUUCAGCUGGCAGUCUGAAGCGCCGCAGCCCACAAAUAGUUUUACCUCCUCAUUGUUCUAUCCAAAAGACUGUGCUCCGGCUCUCUUUCAUUUUGUCAUAAUGAUUUCUUUAAACACGGAGAAAGGGCUUGAAUACCUCUCAAGCAUCUCCACCAUUUGCAACAUGAACAAGAUGUGACAGGCCAGCUAAUUUAUCCUUUAUUCUCACUUGUGGCAUCAGAGCUAGAGUUGGGGGGAGGGGGACUGUCUAAAACAACAAAGUGCAACAAGGAAAUGCAAGCAAUUUUAUUUCCGCCUCCCCUUCCCACCUUUUUCAUUUAAAGAGACACCCACACCCACUUCGUAGUUGAGCUGAAGAGGUGUGCGGACAGCACAUCUGUCUGUUGAAAGCCAGGCAUCCUCCAGUCAUACAGUGGCAGUGUUCCAAUUUUAAGAGCAAAUGGGACUUGUGGGUGAGACGCGUGAAAUAUUCCCCUUGCCUGUGUGAGGAGCACAAAAUUAUCCCCCCUGCUUAUGGCUUAACUCCUUUCAGUUUGACCUCCAAGGCGAUGCUGCCUCCAACUGGACUUAAGUUCUGAAAGUUAACCCUACUGGGAGGAAAUUAUAGACUAUACAGAUGACAUAAUGGAGGGAGGCAAGUUAGACGGUAAAACAAAAUUAGAUUGUUAAAAGUUGGCCUAUGUGUUAGGAUGAGGCUGUGGGCAGGACUCUGAGGUGAGCCCAGGAGUUCAGGAAGACCUUGUUGCUCAAAAGGGCUAUCUGGAAUAGGACACUGUCCUUUCUAUCUAGUUUAAGUGAAUAGUUAGUUCAGGCCUGAGGGUUGCUUCACAGAGAAACUGCCACCUGAACUUCAUGCUCUCGCCACAUGGGGCAGCUAUCCACAGACCCCAUCAGCUCACGACAAUUUCUGACUUACCAGUUUUCUGUCAUGGAAGGUUGCUGUGGUUCCAGGCUCCAUCUUGUGCACCUGUGAAUCAAGGUAUAUUUUUCAAAGGGCACAUCUGUAUCUAAUUGAUGCAUGUUUUACAGAAGAACUUCACACUGGACUUCUACAAUUAAAUUCUUAAUGCUCAUUUCAUCAGACUACCUGUUAGAAUUAAAUUAUUUAAAAGCCCUGAUUAAAUUUUCUUUUAUCAAUAUGAGUCAAGAGGGAAUAAGGUACAUAAUGUUACCUAAUAGAAAACCUUCAUAUGCCCCUAGAGUAACAUGUCCAGGCCAUUUGUAGAGCUCUGUCAUCUAAUAAGGAGCAUGGCUUCCGAAAUAACUGUGUGAAUUGAGUCUUCCCUAAGUGAGGAAAACGAGGGAGGGUUCUUUUUCACAUGGACAUGGACAUAGCAAUUUCAGAAAUGGAGGCGAGUUCUAUGUUGGGCUUAAUUUGGGCAAAACAAGCAGAAGGCAGUCUAACCUAGCUGUGAAUGGAAGUCCACUGGGGGCUUGAUAAACCCAACUUUUUCCUCUGAGACCGUAAAUGUUUGGCUGGGUGUCAAACAUCUGGCAGGCCGUAAGACAAAGGCUGGUGUCACAGGCUGUCCUCAGAUUGCUAGGACACAAGUUUUGCACUCCUAAUAUAAAAGCUCCUAAGCUUUGAAAUGGAACAGGCAGUGUACACCUAAUACCUGCAGUUCACCAUGUCAGGGGCCGAAUGCUGCUUCACAAGCCUCUCUCUCUAGCCCUGUGGAUUCUCUGCAACCACACCCACCCCUGGCCCUGCUUUGCAUCUUCCUUGAGCGUCCUUGCCUGGUUGGGAUAUGUUUUUUGAACUAUGAGAUUGUCCAGGCAAAUCCGUGUAGGAAAAAAAACUACUUUACUGUCCAAGGAUAAAAUUUACAAGAACUGCUCUGCCCACCUGGCAGAGUCCCCUGGCACCACCAACACUGGCAUAUGGCCUCCAGAAGGCUGCCUGAAAAGAAUGUGGCCCUUGGAUUGAAAAAAUGACCACCACCCCUGCAUUGCAUGCUAACACACACUCACACACUCCAUACUGCACACUGUUUUCAUUACUGGACGUAUAGUAUCACCAGAAACCAGUGCUUCUCCCCCCCCCCAGAAAAACAGGUGCCAAUACUCACCAUGAAGUUCUUACAGUAAGUUCCACACUUUUUAACAACAACAACAACAACAACAAGAGGUGCUGGUAUUGCGUACCCUUGAGUACCCCCUGAAAAAAAGCACUGCCAGAAACUGUUCUUAAUUUUUAAAGUUUCUCUGCAAUAGUCAGUAUGGUACCAUGGGUUGUUGGGACAAGAUGUGUCGUCCGCAUCUGACACAGGGUGUUUAUCUCGCACAGACACAGAAUCAUAGAAUUAUAGAAUUGCAGAGUUGGAAGGGAUCACAAAGGUCAUCUUAUCCAAUCUCCUGCCAUACAGGAAUAUUUUACUCAACACAGGGCUCGAACCUGCAACCCCAAGAUUAGGAGUCUCAUGCUCUACUGACUGAGCUAUUGAGCUGUGAAUCCCACAGAGGGUCAACUGCCGAACAAGGUGCUUACAGGGAAUCCUUAUACAGACUUUUCUUGCCCUGUGACGUCAAAAACAGGCAUCUGUCUCUUAUAGUUGAAGGGUUGUCUUUAAAAGACCAUUCUAAGUAUCUCAGUAAAUAUUGGGAUAUCCUUUUCUUUCGGCAUGUGAUACUAUCAGGCUUCACCAACCUGGUGCCCUCUGGCUAUUUUGUACUAAAGAUUCAACCGGCGUAUGCCAAAGCGAAUGGGGACUGAAGUCUAAAACAGCCAGAGAGCACUGGGUUGCUGUAGGCUGGCCAAGAUUGACGAACGUUGCAUUUUGGGAUCUUUAUACUUGAACAUUGUAGUAACUACUUGCAGCUUCUUGUCUCCUACAACUCUCACUGUAUUGGGAUCUCCCUUUUUCAUGAUACUGUAUGAACAUAAGAAGAGCCUGCUGGAUCAGGCCAAUGGCCCAUCUAGUCCAGCAUUCUGUUCUCACAGUGGCCAACCAGCUGCCAAUGGGAAGCCCACAAGCAGGGCCCAAGCACAACAGCACUCUUCAAACUUAGGAUUCCCAGCACAGGUAGAACAUAGCCACCAUGGCUGGUAGCCAUUGAUGGUCUUCUGCUCUAGGAAAUCUCCCCCAUCGAAAGGUCCAGUGUUACCAGGAGACAUUUGAUGCUUUAAAAUCUAAAUGUGAUAUUAUGGUCUGUUUGAAACUGUUGCUAAGUAUCUGACUGUAUUAAUGUAUGGAUAACUUCUCUUUCUGUGUGAUGUAUUGAGAGGAGUGCUGUGUCACACUUCUGUUUUUAAUUUUAUUGUACUUUGAGGUAAAGUUUUAUUGUCAGCCAGAUGAUGUCGUUGAUGCUCUGUAUUGAUGAAGUGCCUCAGUGCCAAAGACCGUUUGCUUUCAUGUCAUGGUGUAUACAGUGGAUGUUGCACUCAUUGGAUGUUGCACUAACUAGAUGUGAACUGGAAUAUUUUUGCAAUUUUAUUUGGAAAUUAAAAAAACAA